ACUUCACCUUCAUAAGCCCCCCUCCAUGUCUGUCACAAACUAAGUCCACACAACCAAAUACGCAGAUCUUGACUCUAAAUUUAACAAAUUUCAUUCAGAAAUGGAUUCAUCACUCUCUGGAUCCAUUACCAAACUCUCCAUUUUGGUUCUUUUUUUUCUUUCUUUUUUCACUUUCACUCCUUCAGAAGCUUAUGAUGCACUUGAUCCCAAUGGAAACAUUACUAUCAAAUGGGAUGUCAUAAACUGGACUCCAGAUGGCUAUGUUGCGGUUGUUACGAUGUUUAACUUCCAGCAAUAUCGUCACAUUCAGGCACCGGGUUGGACAUUGGGGUGGACAUGGACAAAGAAGGAAGUCAUCUGGGGCAUGGUUGGAGGACAAACCACAGAGCAAGGAGAUUGUUCAAAGUUUAAAGGAAAUAUUCCACAUUGCUGUAAGAAGGAUCCAACUGUUGUCGAUUUGUUGCCAGGGACUCCUUACAACCAGCAAAUUGCUAAUUGCUGCAAAGGAGGAGUUAUAAACUCAUGGGCGCAAGACCCGGGUAAUGCAGUAAGUUCCUUCCAAGUUAGUGUGGGUGGUGCGGGAACCUCUAACAAAACAGUUAGAUUGCCAAAGAAUUUCACCUUGAAAGCACCUGGGCCUGGAUACACUUGUGGACCAGCAAAGGUCGUAAAAUCAACCAAAUUUAUUUCUGCAGAUAAGAGGAGAGUCACCCAAGCUUUGAUGACCUGGAAUGUUACUUGUACAUAUUCACAAUUCCUGGCUCAAAAGACGCCCACAUGUUGUGUUUCUCUGUCUUCUUUCUACAAUGACACGCUAGUAGGCUGCCCAACUUGUGCUUGUGGCUGUCAAAAUAAGACGGCAGGACCAGGUCAUUGCGUGGAUCCAGAUACUCCGCAUUUAGCCUCUGUGGUUGCUCCAACCAAAACUGACAAUGCACCUUUGGUCCAGUGUACGAGCCAUAUGUGCCCAAUCCGAAUCCAUUGGCAUGUCAAGGUCAAUUACAAGGAAUACUGGCGGGUUAAGGUUUCAAUCACCAAUUUCAAUUAUAGGAUGAACUACACACAAUGGAAUCUAGUUGUGCAGCACCCCAACUUUGAUAACCUUACCCAGAUUUUCAGCUUCAACUACAAGUCUUUAACUCCUUACGACGGAUUAAAUGAUACAGCCAUGUUAUGGGGAGUUAAGUUCUACAAUGAUCUGCUCUCACAAGCUGGCGCUCUUGGGAAUGUACAGUCAGAGCUGCUUUUCCGAAAGGACCCAUCAACUUUCACUUUCGAUAAGGGUUGGGCUUUCCCAAGAAGGAUUUAUUUUAAUGGUGAUAAUUGUGUAAUGCCACCUCCCGAUGCCUACCCAUGGUCGCCAAACGACAGUUCGAAACCCUUAUUCUCGCUGUUUCUUCCAGUCCUGUCAUUCUUGGUGUAUAUUGUCUUCUUUUCCAAUCACAUGUGAUGAAUCGUCUCCGAUACAAACUACUAGAGCACCCUGCUAUUCUAACAAUCUGUAAACCUGAUAUGCUGUGACCUACACGAUAGAGAGAUUCGAUCUAUGGGCUCAAAUGCAUCGCAUUCUGCAAGUUAAUGCAAUACAAGGUGCCUAAUGCACAAUAUAGCCACGUAUUACACGGAUAUCAGCACUAGCUUUCAGUUUAUAGGUUGGCAUUAAAACAUUUCUUCUACAAUUUUUUGUCUUGAGUUAUAGGUGUUCUUCUCUGUGUUCAUUUAUUUACACGUAAACUGUACUAUAAUUAUUUUGUAUGAUUAUUCAUGUUAUACUUUUACUUGUUCUGUAGUAGAGUAUUUAUAGCUUAUAGAUUCUUAUCACUGUAAUUUGUAAUAAGGAACAUCAUGAAACUUAUAGCUGGUCAAUGGAUGUGCUACUAUCAUUGUGACUA